CCCUGAGCUGAUCCAAUCGAAACGUCUCCUUAAGAGAUCUCCGCCCGAGUUGCACUCUGACCGCUAGUUCCGUGCUAUGGAGAAGGAAACGCUUGGGGUACUCUGUAUGUGUCUGCCUGAGCCCAAAAGUCGAGGCGGGCAGCGGUGCCGGGAGACAUGACACAGUACCUCAGCAGCAGCAGCGGUGCCGGGGGUGGCAGUGGUGCCGGCGGAGACAGCCGUUCCCCACCCGGCUCCCUCGCGAGCACCCCCAGGCGCCAUUGUAAAUCAGUGGGCCGGGGAAAUAGCGGCGCGAGGGAUGGCAGGAACCAGUGUAUUACUGACUUCUUCAAACCAGCUCUAAAUCAAGGAAAAAAAAAUGGGAAAGUUGGGCUUCCAGUCUUGUGUACAGAACAUCUUAGAAAAAAUAUAUCUUCUCCAAGACAAAACAGAAGGAAGAAGUUGCCAUUUCUGCCAUCCAACAGGAGCCCUAUAAUUGAAGCCUUUUUCAGAGGUGCUAAGUCGGAGAAAAAGGACAGUACAGAUAAUGGAGUUUAUAUGACAGCAAAGGCUAUGCAUCCAAAAGCUGUGGCUCGGCAGCUCUUCAUAACAGAUGGCUCGUCUGACUGUUCUUUCAUGGUAAAAGAUAAUACAUUAUCAAAAAACCUUGAAAGGAAUGAAAUACAUCCUGUUCGAACAAGGACACCAUUAGUAGAAAAUAGUAAAGAAUGUAAAAUAGAUUAUGUGGAUCUAGACACAACUGGUUCAGGCUUGAGUAAAUGGGCUUCCACAUCAGAAAAUGACAGUUUGAAAAAGGAUAACCACAUACACUAUUUCCAAAAAACAAUUUGUUCCAAGACACCACAACCUAGCUCAGUUAGUUCUUCACCUCAGUUGUUGGAAGCUGUUUACAGAGAGAGAGAAGUGAAGGAAAAAAAGAUGCUGUCUCAGCGACAACCUUUUGAAUCUGUAAAGAAAUCCUUAGGAACUGAUUUUUCUAACCAGGACGGCAGAGAUCUGUUAAGAAAAAGAUCAUCCUCGACUUCAUGGGAAUCCUCCUCAGCCGAGUCCUCAAAAGCUGCAUUUUCUUCUGGAUGGGACUCUGAUAAAAUUAUUAACAUGAGAAAAAGCCAGUCUUACCCAUCAGUAUACCCUAAUUCCAUAACUUUGUUGGGAAUACCCAAACAUAAAGAAUGUGCUGGAAAACGGAAAAGGAUCUCUUUGAAAUCAGAUAUGAACAAUUUACAGAAGUCCAGUUUCAGUAAUUCACUGGAAAACCAUAAUUCUGAGUGCUCAAAAGAUGGAAUGUCUCUUGGUAGUGACAUGCAAGUAGAGGGUAUGAAUGUAUGUGAAAAUGAUUUGCCCAUUUCAAUUGAAGAAAAUGGAUGCAACUGCACCACAAAUAAAGAUGACCAAAUUCAAAUUGCAGCUGCUGAAGGGAGUCAGUUACAAACUUUCCCUCAUUUUUAUGUAGAAAAGUUGCUUCCUUUGUCUCAAGAAAUAGGCAUGAAAGCUUCUAGCAAUGAAUCCAUUACAUCUCAAGAAAACCUAUUCUCCAAACAGUCAAAGGAAUCUGAAUCACAUAUUCAACAUAAUAGUUCAUUUGAAGCACUGAGAAUGAACAUUCAUACGGAACACCCUCCUCUUGUUUCUGCUUUGCCUUCAAAAAACAAUUCUGAGACUCUGGUAUUAUUGGAAGAUAUUGUUCUGUCAUCAGGAGGUUGUGAUCCUGUCACCAUCCCUGGGUCUUCAUGCAAUUUAAAUGAAGGGACCAACUUAAAGGUAUAUAUGUUGAACAGAAAACUUUAUGAUGGUGAGGAUGAGACCUCUGACUGCAAUCUAGACAGCAGUGAUGAAGAAGUACUUGUGCCACUUGAAAAAAUUCUGGCCCAGAGUGCCAGGUCAACUGCAGAAAGCCCAGAACAAAGAAAUGAUGAAUGCAGUACAACAGACAACAUGAUUCCAUCAAAGAAUGUUCCUCUUUCCACAUCUUCUGUUGGAAAGGUUUCUUAUAUGAAUCACCUGGAGCACCUCUUGAAGGAGAAGGAGGAACUCAGAAGGAUAGAUGAACUAGAGCAAGAGCUACAGCACGUCAAACAGGGAGCUGAAAUAAAUUGUCAAUAUGAAGAAGAAUCUAAUGAUGGUGAACUGUCUGCUGAACACAGAGCAUUUUUAGAGAGAUUUUCAGUAAUUAGUGAUGCUAUUCCUGACCAGCACCCAGGAGAAAAUAUAUUUCAAGUAGCACAUGCUGGGAAAAUCUUCAGUCAGCAUAACCUUGAUUUGAGGAACUCUGGAUUUCAUCCCCAAAACCCUAUUGAAAAAUAUCUUCUUGGAUCAGGAGUGACACAGCAACUUUUUGUAAUCAUUGAAGGCUUACUUAUGUCUGCAUACCAUAGUUCAUCUUGUCCUGUCCCCAUUUUAAAGUGGAUGUUUCAGAUGAUGUCAAUUCACCCAGACAGCUCUGUGUCAAGAAAGAUUUUGGAUAUGUUAAUGACAUUAACAAUUAAAAAUGCUUCAGCUAGCAAUGGCCAACCAAAGCCAUGGAUUCCAUCAUUACUUGAUAUAGCAACUGUGCUAAUCAACAUGGGUGUUCCUUUCAGUGCACUUUUUCCUCUGCGGCAUUUUCAACCUACCUUUUCUGAAGAUGAUAUUAUGUCUGAAAUGUGUGAGACUACGAGGAAACAACCAAGCGGAGAUAUCCUUGGAACCACAAUUCCUUUCUUUUUUCUGAUAGACACCAAUCUUUGCAGUAUGACCAAGUUUCUACGGCUGUGUAUAAGCAUAUACCCAGAAGGUUACACAGACAAAGAAAUAUUUUUGUUGCUGUUGCUGCUGUUUAAACUGAGUUUGGAAAAAGAGCUGAAGCAAUUUCCCCUAGUGGAUUUGGAGUGCCUUAUUAUAAAACUGCUGGAAAAUAUCAGAGAGUGGGAGACAAAGAUGCCAGAGUUAUGCCUUGCAAUAAGUUGCCUGUCCAGCCACCAUCAUGAUCUCUUAUGGCUGGUUCAGUUUGUCCCCAAUUGGAUAACACGAGGAAGACAAGUAAGAAGACAGCUUAGCUUAGUAGUAAUUUCAAAGCUUCUUAAAAACCAUGUGAACGUACCCAACAGUCCUGACCAGCAGAUGUCACUUCUGUGUAACGAUCUAGUGAAGAUGAAACCUUCAAAUCUGCUAAAGAGAAUAUCUGAAACAGUGAAACGCCAGGAUGGUCUUAGUAAUGAGUCUUUUCUUUCUGAAUUUGAACCCCAGGCCUACUAUCUGACGUAUGUUCUUCUUCACUUGGUCAGGGAAGCCAGCAAUUUUGAGGUUGCAAGUUCUAAUCAAAGGAAAUGGCUGCUGAAACUCUGUAGUGCUUUGGAAAAACAUGUGAAAUGUGAUAUUAGGGAAGAUGCUAGACUGUUUUAUAAAACUAAGGUAAAAGACUUAGUUGCUAGAACAUACAGCAAAUGGCAGCAAAUGAUACACAGUUCUCAACUUACUCAGGGGCAGAUUCAUGAUUUUUGGGUCCCAGAUUCUUAAAAUAGAUUGAGGAGAAUUUCAAAAUGGACAGUAUGAGGAUGAAGACUACAGUAUGGCCUAAGAAGAGAAAAUGCUUUAAUCUGGACAUUGCUUCCUCAUGUGUCAAUAUGAUUCUCAUUUUCUCUUCCUUCCCCAAUAACUUAAUUGAGCAACCUUUUAAAAAUGCAUUUGAUAAUGGGAAGGUAGCCCUUCACUACUUGUUCUCCUUUGCCUGGUCAUCCCACUGUGAACACUAUAUAUGUGUUAUGUGUGGAUGUGAAUAUUUCAUAAGUAAGUCUCACUCUUAAUGCCAGCUAAUAUAAUACUCAAGUGGCAUAGAUAUAUAUUCAUUAAUUUAACCUAAAUUUUAUUUGUGUGCAAUUUUAUAUUCUGAAUGUUUGCACUGCCAUACCUGUGAAUAGACAUAAAAUUUUAGUCAUAACAGAAAUUAAUAUGUAAAUGUAUAGAUAAUAUAAGUCUAAAAUAUUUGUGUUUUUUUACACGGAAAUACUUUUGGCAUUGUGUUUAAACCUAUUUAUCCCUUUCAAGUAGAAGUAAGCAAAACAGAUUGAUAAAUCAAAAUAUAUACUGGCUACUAGUCAAGGCUGCAGUUCAGCACUGUUAAAUUAAUGGGAGUUUUGUCACUGAGUUCAGUGGGAGAAGGUUUGUACCCUAAAUGUAUCAAAACAUUUCAUACUUUCAGUGCUGUUCAUAAUUUUUUGGACUCUAACAUACAUGGUUGGGUGGGAAAUGCUACCUCGGAGGGGAUGGGUUUCUUUUCUUUUUAAAGUAGUGGGGUAGAUUUUACUGACCCUGCAUUCCAUAGCCAGUAUCCAAAGAACCUUGUGUACAAGCAGAAUGCAGUUCUGCUCAGAUAAGGGGGUUGUUGAUUUCUUUUUUAAUUUAGGUUACAGCACCUUGCACUACAUGCUCUGGCCUAAAGGAGCAGCUUUUCCAGCAAGGGGCCACAGUGGGAAGGGAAACUGGAAAAGCUCUAAUGUGUCUGCACACUAUGCAUAGCUCUCUGGAUCCUGGCCUAUUAGUGAAAAACCUCUUUCUUUGAUAACUUGUAGCUUUUGAAGAUGCUUGUAUAUAUAUAUUCUUUUUAUAAAAAAUUCUCAUUAACUUUAUAGACUACAGAAUAUGCCUAUCCUCUCUAUUGUCACUUUACUGUACCUCUGUAUUAUGUGAAGAGAUACCAUUUGUACUACUUUUCAAGCACACUUGGAACUACCUAGGUCACAAUUUAACCACUUUUUAACGUAAUGGAACAAAGUGCAAAAAUAAAGUGUGAAAUAA